CAGGCUUGGCUCUGAAUAAACACAGUUUGUGGGAGAUUGCUCCAGAGAGGGGGAACGAUCGAUAGAGAGAGAGAGAGAGAGAGAGACCGUCAGCGCUGCCCUGUUAGAGAGGAGGGGAGAGAGAGAGAGAGGAAAUACUCUCGGAUUCUGUGACAGGCCUGGUUUCCCGGUGGAUUUCCCUGCAGGCCCGGUGCAGGUGGUUAGGCUGUAGGCUGAAGUUAGCGCCAUGCCUCAGCGGGUGCGGCGAUACAAGGGGCAGGAUUACCGGGCACUGCGUCGCUCCUGUCAACGCCAGAGGAGCCUGUUCGAGGACCCUCACUUCCCCGUCACCAACGAUUCCAUCUACUACACCAAAUCGCCGCCCGGCACCAUAGAGUGGAAACGUCCUGGGGAACUCUGCGAGGAUCCCCGGUUGUUCGUGGAUGGGAUCAGCUCACGGGAUCUGAACCAGGGGAGCCUGGGAAACUGCUGGUUUGUGGCGGCCUGUUCCUGCCUGGCAACGGAGCCCUCGCUAUGGAAAAAGGUGAUCCCGGAUCAUGGGAGUCAGGAGUGGAAUCCGAAGCGACCGGGGGACUACGCUGGGAUCUUCCAUUUCCGUUUCUGCCGGUUCGGAGCCUGGUUAGACGUGGUGAUCGAUGACCGCCUGCCCACCAUGAACGGUCAGCUCAUCUUCUGUCACUCUGCUGACCACCGGGAAUUCUGGUGCUCUCUCCUCGAGAAGGCCUACGCCAAGUUGAAUGGAUGUUACGAGGCCCUGGAUGGAGGCAACACCGGGGACGCGCUGGUAGAUUUCACUGGGGGGGUGUCCGAGCCCGUGGCCCUGACCCAGGGGGAUUACAGCGGAGACCUGGACAAGAGGAACAGACUCUACCACAACCUCCUGAAGGCCCACUCCAGGAGCUCGCUCAUCAGCUGCUCCAUCCGGCCGGAUCCCGGCGAGCAGCUGGAAGCCCAGAUGGACUGCGGCCUGGUGAAGGGCCACGCCUACGGGGUGACCGACGUCCGCAAGGUCCGUGUCGGCCAAGGGCUCAUGGCCUUCUUCAAGCAGGAGAAACUCUACAUGAUCCGGAUGCGGAACCCGUGGGGCAGCACCGAAUGGAACGGCCCGUGGAGCGACGGGUCUGAAGAGUGGCAGAAGAUCAGCAAGGCGGAGAGGGAAAAUAUAGGAGUGACCGUCCGAGAUGAUGGAGAGUUCUGGAUGGACUUUGAGGAUUUUGUGAGGAAUUUCACCGACCUGGUGGUGUGUCGGCAGAUUAACACCUCGCUGUUCAGUUUCCACAAGACCUGGGCGGAGGCCAGUCUCUUCGGUGAAUGGACGGUCUGCUCCUAUCCCCUUCAGAACCGGAGUGGGGGCUGCCUGAACAACCGCACCACCUUCCUGCAGAACCCACAGUUUGUGUUCCAAAUCCCGAGAGACGACUCCGCACUGAUGUCACUCCAGCAGGAAGACAGGCGACUGUAUCGCAAAGACGGAUCUGGGAAUAAUCUCUCCAUCGGCUUCGAAAUCUUCCGGGUGGAGGAGAACCGGAAAUACCGGAUGCACGCUCUGCAGCAGCAAGCCACCGGGACGACCUACUCCAACUCUCGGAGCGUGUUUCUCCGGUCGGAGCUGAAGCAGGGACGAUACGUGGUCAUUCCCAGCACCUUCGACCCCGGCCAGUCCGGAAAAUUCCUCCUCCGGCUUUUCACGGAGACAACCUCCAGGCUCAGGGAGUUGACUCUGGACCAACCGAAGCCCUCGUUCUGGAGCUGUUGCCUUGGUUACCCGAAGCGUGUGACCUCCGUCCACGUGCACAGCGCCGCAGGGUUACGCCUUCCAGACUCUCCCAGCCUGCCGGAUGCCUACGCGGUGAUCCAGAGUGAGGGGGUAAGUGUCAAGUCAAAGGUCCAUGAGGCGGAAUCGAACCCGGACUUCGACCUGAAAGGACUGUUCUACCGGAAACACGAGAAGAAACCAAUCAAAAUCCAGGUCUGGUCUAGGCGGUUUCUCCGUGACCUCCUCCUGGGCGAGGUCACCGUUGCUGCUGACCAGAACGAGAUGGCGUCCAGCUACGUCCUGCAGCUGCAGACGCGCUCGGACUGCUCGCCCCCGGCGGGCUCCCUGCUCGUCGAGAUCUCCUCCAGCGACGACCUGACCGCCCUGUGACCGCGCAAGGCCCACUGCAGUCGAUCAGCCCCUCUCCGUCCCCUGCUCCACCCCCUCCUGGAACCACCAUCAGUGGGAGGCUAACAUGGAGGCAAACUGAACUAUCGAUCUCGAGUGCCCCAUUAAACCUUGUUUGGAAUCUAUACCUUCUUUAUUCCCUCCCUGUCGCUGUGAUCACCCCCACCCCAACUUAUUGGGGUGUAAAAGUAGGGCCUUACCUUCCCCCCUUCCCCAAUGCCCCUAACAGAGGGUCUCUAUCCCCUUACCCCCCCAGUAGUGCGACCCCUUUAUCAUCUGUUUGUCUGCUCAGCAGGGCAUUAGCCAUGGAGUCAGACCAGGUACAGAUGUCCCUCCUCAAAGGGCGUUGGUGAACCAGAUGGGUUUCCAGUGACGACGUUUGCUCACUGAGGGAAAUGUUAUCCUGAUUUUAAAUUAAUUAAACUUUUACGUUUCGCCAAUGUCCGCAGUGAGGUUUGAACUCAGGAUCUGAAAGCAUGAUAAAAGACGCUUAAAAGAGACCAGCAAAUAAAUGAAAGACCAUAUGGAAAUUGUAAGAGCAAGGGUUGCAAAACCGUCUCGGGCAGACAUAAGUCUGUUAUUGGUGUACAAGUAGCUCUCUCGAGCACCCUGAAAAGAAAUCACCAUGGCUACUUACACCAUAAUUCGUAACAUACACAGUUCCGAACACAAAAAAAACCCCAAACUUACAAGAAGUGAUAUAAAAUACGUAAAAUCUCUCCGCCUACAUCGCACGUUGUUGAGAUGUGCAGCGCGGUGUUGCAUUUUGAAGACAGAGCAAUAGAGAAUUCGAGUCAAUGGGAAUCUUUCUGAGUUCAGGAAAUUCUGCCUGACGACAGUCAACUGAUUGGUUGAGCUGUGGAGGGUUUUUAAGAGAGAGGACAUAGAUAACUGAAGAGACUGCAGAAAGAGAGAGAGAAACCACACGCAUCUCUCAGGGUCCGAAAGGUGGGAACAACCCGGAAUGCUGACUGGAAGGAAUGAGUAAGAUAAAAGACGACGUUUACCUGAUGGCCUGUCAGACUGAAGGGGGACCAUCGCUCUGCAAACACUCGUGACUUUGCUGUUGCAGAGACUGAUAGCAGGAUGUGGAAACGAGCAUCCUACCUCACGGUCUCCAGCUUUGGGCUUUGCACUUGUGUUAAUCCUGUCUCGAUUCUUUAUCCACUUGUAGUGUCUGUGCCUGUCAUUUGUCAGUCUUAGUUGUGAUUGUGAGAGUGUGUGUGUGUGUGUGAGUGUGUGCGCGCGCGCGUAUGCGCAUGUGAAUUUGAGAGUGUGUAUGUGAGUGUGCACACAUGAGAGUGAGUGUGCUUGUGUGAGUGUGUACGUGUGUGACAGUGUGUGCGUGUGUAUUUGAGUGAGUGUGAGAAAGUGUGUGUGUGUGUAUUUGAGUGUGAGUGUGAGAAAGUGUGUGUGUGUGUAUUUGAGUGUGUGAAUGUGAGAAAGAGUGUGUGUGUAUUUGAGUGUGUGUGUGAGAGAAUGAGAAAGAGUAUGUGUGUGUGCAUGUGAGAGUGUGUGUGUGUGCAUUUGAGUGUGAGAAAGACUCAGUGUGUGUGCAUGUGAAAGUGUGCUUGUAUGAGUGUGUGUGUGUGUGUGUGUGUGUGUGAGAGUUUGGGGUUUUGAAGGGUUAGAGUUGAAGUUGCUUAUUCUUCCUUUUUGUUGCUCCUGUUGGAGUUAAGUGUAUUACAAUCGAGUUACUAUUGCCAAAGAAA